UAUACCAAACGUCAGAUUUGAUCAUAAUAAUUCCGGUUUAUCGUCGAUUUACGAAGAUAAACAUAUCUGCUGGUGAAUAUGCCCAAACUAAGUCCCUUCAUAUACUGGGCACAAAAUGAGGAAUUGCUUUACAUUAAAGUGGAAUUGCGGGUGUCCAAGGAUGUGGACGUUAUCUUGGAAUCGAAGAACAUAAACUUUUCAGCCCUGGGUGCCGGUUCUCAGGGCCUCAACGAAUAUGCCUUCAAAUUUGAUUUCUACGCAGACAUUGAUCCAGAUGAGAGCACCUACAAAGUGACUGAUAGCAUAGUGGAUUUCACGAUUGUGAAGGCCGAGAAGGGAUGGUGGUCCAGACUGAUGAAGCAGCAGCAGAAACCUGCUUGGCUGAAGAUAGACUUUCAGAGGUGGCAGAAUGAGGAGUGUCUGAACGAUGAUGAUGAGGAUGAAAAGGUCAGGGAUAUCCGAGAGGAUUAUCCACAGCUGUAUAAGAAUUUGCAGAAGGAGGAACGUGGAUUCUCUAAAGAGGAUGGGAGAAAAGUUUAUUUGGCGUUUUAUAAUUUCGGAAUGUUUAUUGGUUUCAUUUACGUGUUCUGCGUCAUGGCCACUAGAUUCUUAAGGGACGGAGCUGACAGCUACGCCAGCACUUACGAGGCUGUCGGUCCCGCUAUGAUUGUUCUGCAGAUGAUGCAGUUCUUGGAGAUUAUGCAUCCACUGUUCGGCUACACCAAAGGAAGCGUUAUGACUGCGAGUAUGCAGGUGAUGGGCAGAGCUCUGGUGCUCUUCGCUUUGAUCGAUUCGGAGCCGCGCAUGCAGACGAAACCGGUUAUUUUCUAUCUGUUCCUCGUCUGGACUUCAAUUGAAUUGAUCAGGUAUCCGUAUUACAUCACGCAGGUGUACAACCAGAACAACGGUUUCCUCACAUGGCUCCGUUACACGAUCUGGAUCCCUCUGUAUCCUAUGGGUUUCAUAUGCGAGGGCGUCAUCAUGCUUCGAAGCAUCCCCUAUUUCGAAGAAACACAGCAGUUCAGUUUCCAGAUGCCCAACAAGUACAAUUUCAUCUUCAGUUUCCCGCUGCUCCUUCGCGUCUACCUGCUGUUCUUCUUCCUGCCCGGCAUCUACGUGCUCAUGUCUCACAUGUACAAGUUAAGGUGCAAAAAGUUGGGCACCAGGAAGCGUCAGCAGGUCAAGAAGGUGAAGUAAACUCGUCGCAAUUUUGAUAUUAUCUUCUCUUUUU